GCAUGUCACCCCCCUGUCUCUGCUUGCCCGGACUUCUCCCUGCCCGGGGCCAGCGAGGCUCAGCCACCCCGGCGUCUCCAGGCGCUACACCCACGGCGCGGGGGCCGCCGCGGCCGUCCGGACUGGUUCUUCCUCUCCUUUGCACAAGCGGCGGAUGGCGGCAUGAGUCAGUGCCCAGGACGACUCGGGUGCCCGCCAGGAUGGGGCUCAGCAGCAGCAGGAGCCCCCUCUCCCUCCCCGUCGGGGCUGCAGCCCCCCCUUCCUCACUGGGGUGGGGGGCAGAGACUGGCCUGACCCACGCGCCUGGCUCCCCGGCCGCUCGUGCUAAUUAGCCAAAGCUGCGUUUGAAGGGAAACGAUGGUGAUUCACUCAGCAUCUGCGGUUUCCCCUUGAAACACUAUUAAACCACAUCAGGCGAUGCCUAUUAGGAAGAACCCAGCAAUCUUCAGAGCCUCAGCCCGGCCCCCAGCCGGGGCCAAAUCCUCCGGAGGUGCAAAGGAGCACAGGGUGGGCGCCUCCCUUUUGAAAGCCGAGGAAAACAGGAGACUUUCUGCCAUUGGGCAUCCUUGGAGAGGUUGCAAGGAGCGAGCACAGCUCCCGAAGCCAGAGCCAUGGCGUCGCAGCUGGAAGGGGCCAUGGAGACGCUCAUCAACGUCUUCCACCAUUAUUCGGGGAAAGAGGGGGACAAGUACAAGCUGAGCAAGAAGGAGCUGAAGGAGCUGCUGCAGAGCGAGCUGGGCUGCUUCCUGGAGACCCAGAAGGACUCGGGUGCCGUGGAGAAGAUCAUGCAGGACCUGGAUGAGAACGGCGAUGGGGAGGUGGACUUCCAGGAGUACGUGGUCCUGGUGGCCGCUCUCACCGUGGCCUGCAACACCUUCUUCUGGGAGAAUGCCUGACCCAGGCUGGUCCCCACCCCGCAGCAGCCCGUCAUGGUGGUCCCCAAAACGCAGAGCCCCCCGCCACCCCCCCAGCUCACCCUCCGCUCCCCAGCACACCCGGGGGAUCCCACUGGGAUCCAGCUCCACAAUAAAGGCACCGACCCAGCCAGA